AUGAGGCCAUACAUAGUAUUAUUGCUGUACUUCAUAUCGGCCACUUUGGGUGAUGUGUUCAGUUGUGGUGGAUACAUCAGAGCUGCUGUGCCCAUCGAUUACUCAAAAAUUCAAGUGAAACUUUUUUCAUCGGAAGGGCAUCUAAAACAAGAGGAAGACGUGAAUGCACAGACUGGCUAUUAUAUGCUGCCUGUUUAUCAAAAAGGACACUACAGUCUACGGGUUUCCUCGCGAAACGGGUUUUAUUUUGAACCUGCCUCUUUUGAUCUGAAAAUCGAUGGUUCCACUGAUCCGUGUUCUCGAAAUGAAGACAUCAACUUCUCACUGACAGCAUUGGAGAUUAAAGGUGUUGUCGAGAGUGGUGCUGACACGGGACCGGCCGAUCUCGAAUUAAUCCUCUUGAAGAAUAAACAAGAAAUCGCUCGAACAACAACCACCGCCGGGGGACAUUAUUCAUUCAAAGCACCACCAGGCACUUAUGACGUAUCAACGGCUGCUGAAAGUUCAGUGUGCAUUUCGAGAGGAAAAACACAAGUUGUGCUAAAAAAUGAGCCAGUGCGCGUCGAGCCACCACUUAAAAUCUCUGGUUAUCCGGUUGAGAUCGAAAUCACAAAAGGCAAAGCACCGAUGGAGGGAGUCUCCUUGGAGCUCUAUUCAGCCACGAAACUUGAGCUGGAUGGCUGCAAACCGGUUUCCUCACUUCCAAACGGGGUGACAAACGCGAAAUUCGUUUGUCCUUUGCCGCAAACAAAUUCACGUGGACAGAGUUUUGUGAAAUGCAUUGUCCCUGGAAAUCACUUUAUCGUUCCCAACUAUCAAUCAAACGAUCUCAAAUUCCAAUUUUCUCCAUCAGUCAUCACUGCAAAUGUUCAAGACAAAAAGUUGAAGCUCUCAGCAAGAAUUGUCGGCUUUUCGGCGAAAGGACGAGUGCUGCGUGGAAACGAUGGAGUGGGUGGGGUAGAAGUCCUACGAGAUGGGCAAAUGCUAGCCACCACCGACUCACAAGGCUAUUAUUCUUUGGAGAAUCUCAAUGAGGGAACAAUUGAAUUGAGCGCUAGAGCUCCAAACACUGAAUUCGAAAAGCUCCGUGCUCAACUCAGCUUCUCGAAUGCUCGUCUACCGGACAUAAAACUCACUGGUUACGAAAUUUGCGGAAGUGUUGAGAAGACACCUGGUGGAUCGAGCUUUGAAGAUGUGACGAUCAAGGGAAAAAACGUGGAGAAGACUCUUUCUCCUAAAAAUGAUGGCACUUUUUGCCUCAUGUUUGCACCUGGAGAAUACACAAUUACUCCAACAUCCUCAAGUUCAUCAUUGACUCCUCGAAAGCUUGAAAUUGAUUUGAGAAAAGGACCUAGAAGCGAUUUGAAGUUUUUCCAUUUCAAGACGGACGUUGAUGUGCGAUUUGAUUGCAUUGGUUCUUGUGAAAAUCAUCAAGUCAAAUUGCUAUUGGGAGAUAACGUUCUUUACACUCAAUCUGGCAGUGAUUCUCUUGUACUGAAAGAAGUGCCACCUGGGAAAUAUAUUGUCCAAGUUGUCGAGACGGGAAAAGUUUGCUGGUCUUCGAGCAAGAUCCCACUUCAGGUCGAUCUCUCUCGUCCAUCGCCCGUUCAUUUCGAGCAAACCGGUUUCCAUGCUCAUGUGAAACUCAGCCAUUCAACUAGUCUGAAAUGGGCCCACACAACCCGAGCCGAUCUUCAAGGCGAAUUCGACGCAAAAGCGGGAAGAAAUGAUUUCUGUGUACCAGUGCAGGGAAAAUACACGAUCACUUUGCACUCAUGCAGAACGUUCGAUCGGCCAAGCUUUUCGAUUGAGGUUCCUUCUGAAAGUGGAAAUGAAGCGCAGGCUCUUGAUUCUAUCAUUAAAGGAACCGUUUCGGUAAAUGAACCAGCCGAGAUCACAAUUCAAGUGAACUCACCAUCAGGAAAGCGAAAUGUAAAAGUGGAGAAUGGAGGAUUUUCAUUCCGAGAACCGAUCUCAUCAACAGGUCAAAUCACUCUUGUCCCUCAAUCAUCCACGCAUCUCUUUGAACCAAUCUCUACCAAAAUCGAGUUCUCCGGCGAUUGCAUUCAGAAUGCUGCCAAUUUCCAAGCGCACAAAGGGAUUUUCGUUGAGGGCAAGAUCAGUCCGCCAGUCGAAGAUGUUUUGAUUACGGCUGAACACGUGAAAGACUCAUCGGUUCGAUUUGAGACAAAAACCGAUAAAAGAGGAGCAUACAAAGUUGGACCCGUUCGUCACGCUGAGGAUCUUUCAAUCACUGCUUUUCUUGAAGGAUAUUCGUUUACACCUGUAGAGGGAAAGAUUGGAGACAUGAAAAGUGUGCGUUUGAGUCGACUCACAGUCGUUGUUUCUGAGCUUGGAAAAGAGGGCUCUCGUCUCGAAGGUGUCCUUUUGAGUGUGGUCGGUGGAACGGAUUAUCGCAGUAACAGCAUGAUUGAAAACACGGGCACUAUCAAUUUCGUUGGAUUGGCUCCUGGAGACUACUAUGUGCGACCGAUUCUACAAGAGUUCAAAUUCGAACCCUCACAAACAAUGGCAAAAAUCACUGAAGGAGACCAUGUACACGUCGAGCUAAAAGGAAAAAGAGUUAACUGGAGCGCCUUUGGACGCGUGCGUGAGAUGAGCGGUGGUGCUGUGUCGGGAGCACUCGUCGAAGCACUUUCCUCUACUUGUGAUCAACACCAAUCCGAGGCAACCACACAACGAGAUGGAACUUUCCGUAUCCGGGGAUUAAAGCCAAACUGUGAAUAUAUUGUUUCAAUCAAGGGUGGAGAGGAUGGACGACCAGCCCCUCAUUGUUUUCCAUCACAAUUCAAGGUGUCAAUGACUGAGCAACAUGUGGAUGAACUUGAAAUGAUCGUCGCUCCAUCGGAUGAGGGUUUCGAGUUGUUGGCGGCGAUCGAUGUUACCGGAAUGGCCACUCCACCAAAAGCUGUCCGAUUGACGAUUCUACGAAACAGCGAAAUUGUGCAUUCCCAUAUUCUCACCGAGCCAAUUCGCUUGUUUGCUGUGUCAAAUCUAACUCGCGAUGGCUCAACAUAUUCUGUUCGCGUUGAACCAGAUCGACCACCCCGACUUUUCCAUCCAAAAGAAGUCUCUUUCACCGCGAAUACCCCAGUGAAAACAUUGACGAUUUCAUUGCUCGAAAGCCGAAAGCAGCACGAGGUUGAAUUGUCAUUUUCUUCAUUGCUUUCCUUGCCAUUCUUUGUGCUUCUUCUAUGGGUGGCUUUCAAUCAAAACAAGGUAAUCGAGUUGUUCCGUAUGGCAACAAAUCGACCGGGUAGCCCGUCAUCUCAAGCGUCAAAUAAGAAACGGUUA